CAAGUAGAAAUGCAGAAGAAAAACAUCAUCUAUGCAUUGACAGUACUUUUCAUUAUAUUAGUUUUUUUUGUUUUCCGGGAAUUACCUAUCAAAGUAGAGACUGUACCAGCUACUGUAAGUCUUCCCAGGAUAACAUGGAUAAACUCCAAACCAGACACAGAACGUUUUGCCCAGACACAGGUUCAUAUACGUAAUGAUACAGGGGUAACACUUGUAUGUCCAGAGAAAAAACUAGUCUUUCCAACUGAAGACAUAUUAUGCAUGAAACCACCUCGCUAUUCACCGAGUUACAGAAAUCCAUGUUGGUAUCCAGAUGAAUCGGAUAAGCUGUCCUGUCUUCCGUAUUUCCUCCAGAUCGGGAUGUCCAAAUGUGCUACUACGGAUUUGUUUACCAGAUUGAUUCUACAUCCUGAUAUCAUCCCUAUAAGCGGUGCUAAUGGUAAAAACAAAUCAAUCACAUGGUGGAACCUAAGGUUAACAGGAAGCACAUGGCAGCCGCCAUACAGUGGAGGAAAGCGUGAGAACUUUAAGCAAUACUCCGAGUAUUUCUCAAAUGCAGCAAAAGUGAUAGAGACGAAUAAAGAUCAAACUGGAUAUCAUGGGAAAAUAACAGGAGAAGGGUCACCGACCUAUUUAUGGAUGCUGUAUUUAUGGAACCGUAUCCCACAAAAUACCUACCUAACAAAACCUAAAGUCUUGGUUCCACAUCUAAUCCGACAUGUCCUCCCUAAGACAAAGUUCAUUGUCACAUUACGAGACCCUAUAGAAAGAAUGUAUUCAAGUUACCAUUUUUUCAACAAAGAUAAAAAGUAUGAUAAAUUUGCUUUCCACGAGACAAUGCAGUUUGCUAUUGAAAAAUUCAUGGAAUGUAAAGCUAUGAAAGGUGACAGACAGUGUGUCCUAGAUCCUGACCUCCGUGCAACAAUCUCUAGAAAGGUGCGGUUACUGAACAGCAUGUAUUACUUGUACAUUAAAGAAUGGCUUGAUGUAUUUCCAAGACAACAAUUUAUAUUCAUAAAAAUGGAAGAAUAUGUUACCAACAAAGAGGAAGUGUUAAACAGAAUAUUCAAAUUUCUCGGACUGUCCACGUUGUCACCAACAGAAAUGAAGAAAUAUGGGUUAUUGUUUACAACAAUCAAGAACAAGACAAAGGGAGGCAAGCAGUACGAACCAAUGUUAAAUGCAACGAGAGAAAUGUUGUACAGUCUUUACGAUCCGUACACCAAAAUGUUACCACAACUACUGAACGACCCCUCUUUCACCUGGUCAAAGGUGUCUUAUGAGGAAUAUGUUCAACGAAUGCUGAGGAAAAAGGUGGCUAGCUAAUUCUUUGAAAACGCAUAAAUAUAUUUAUUAAUAGAAUAAAUUCAUAAACAA